GAUAUCAAUCGAUGCUGAAACACAGUCGACAAAGUAGUAGUUCUCGAAAAUUUGUGACCCAAAUACGGUCGGGUGGGCACUUUAGAUUAAAAAAGAAAAGAAAAAGUUAUUAGCUAUAGUUUAAAAAAUAUUGCAAAACUUAAACUUUAUUAGAAAGUAUCGACAAAUACAAAAAUUUAUAUCAUUUUUUAUAUAGCAGAGCAAAAAAAAAAGUGGAAAAAAGUUUUUUUUUUCAUUUGCAAAAAAAAAAAUUUGCUUCGUGAUGCUUAAAAAAGGAAAAUUCUUAAUCUGUGAUUCUUCUCUAUAGCAAAUAAUAUUAUUAAUUACAAUUAUAUAUACAACACGGUACGGGAUAAAAGUAACAAAGUGAGAAGCCAAGACUUUAUAGUCACAUAAAAAAAAAUAAUAAUUUAGUGUAAAGCAAUUCUGAACAAAAUGAAAAAAUCUUAAAUAAGAGAAAAAAAAAUUAUUGUGAUAUAAAAAGAUAAUGUCUAACGAGGCGCUAUGGAAAACGUCUGACGCCAUGUUGGACUCAUUAAGUUUACAACUUCGGGAGGCAGAAUCCCGAAGAGCUGAAGCCGAACGUGCGCAUCAGGAGGCAUUGGCACAAUUACGUGGAAUGUCGUCUGGUGGAUCACGUACUGGUGAAUCUUACGAAACUUUGCAAUCUAGAGCUCGUGAAUUGGAGAAAAAGGCUGCAUUAGAAACAGUAAGAUGCGAAGAAUUGCAAUUAGAAUUGAAAUCGACUUAUAAAACGAGAUCAUCAUCAUCAAAAUCCCGAGAACAAAUAGAGCCAAGUAUGACAUCAUCAUUGUUAACAUCAUCGAGUUUAGGACAAAGUAGUAAAUAUACAAUGGCAUCAACGGCCAUAUCGAGUAUCAUGACAAACAAUACGAGUAGUAGUGUUGGUUUAUCAUCAAUUAGCGGCUUACAUCAUCCGAUAUCCGUAUCGAAAGCUGAGACAUCGACAGUUACGUGGGCACCGACACCCGAUCAAAAGAGUUCCGAGAUUGAUCGAAUUAUGGCCAAGAUCGAACAGGACAAUCGUAUAUUAGCGGAAUUGGAACAGCCACGUACAACAGGUCCAUCAUCAUCAUACAUAUUGUCAUCAUCUGGUGGAUUAGCAUCAUCAAUUGUAUCACAACCUCCUAUUAGCUUAUCAAAUAUAUCAACAAAUUUAGCGUCAAGUUACGGUCCAACAGCUGUAUCACUCGGUGGACAAUCUUGUGGAACAACAUCAUACUCGGCGACCACAACACAUAAUUUAUCACCACUGCCAAUUAGAGCAAAUCAAAUUAGUACCAUGCCACCCCUAUGUCAGAGCUCUACAAUGCCCGUCCUGUCAUUACAUAAUACAUAUACAUUGCCAUCAGGUUCAGCAAGUUAUACAUUAGGAUUAAGUGGAGCUCCUGUUGCAUCGUCAUACACAUAUCCAACAGUCGGUCAAUCAGCAACCGGCACAAGCGUUGGACUCAGUGGAGUCUUAGGUGGCACAACAGGCUUAUCAAGCCUUGGUCUUGGUGGCACAGGUCAUUCAAGUUUGUUAAGUACUGGCUUAGGCACAACCGGACUGAAUUUAACUUCUACAAAUCUUUUACCGAGCGAUUUGGGUGGGACUAGUCGAUUGACAUCAUUAGGAUUAGGAUAUAAUACAUCAUCAUAUUCAACGUACACAAAUCCAUUAAUAACAUCCGGUGCUAUGAAAUUAAAAACGUUAGAUGAUUUUGAUAUUGGCAUCAAUAGAUAUAAUCGUGGUGGAACGCCAUGCUCGCCAAUUCCUGGUAGUUGGGGCUUGGACAGCUACUCGCGUCUGGAAGGUUGUAAUCCUGGCUUUAUGCAUUCGCAAAGUCGUCCGUUGUCUCGUUUGGGUGCUUUAGAUGAUCUUGAAGGUCGAACACACGGUUUAACAUUGAAUGGAAAUGGUGAACCACAAGUUGAUAUGUUAGACAUUCCGGGCAAAGGACGAUGUUGCGUUUUUAUGGCUAGAUUUUCCUAUGAUCCACCAGACGUUGAAGGAUCAGAAGGAGAACUAGCUUUAUGUGCUGGGGAUUAUCUGUUAGUGUGGGGAAAUGGGGAGCCACAAAGUGGUUAUUAUGAUGCCGAAUUAUUAGAUGGUAGACGAGGUCUUGUACCAGCAUCAUUUGUGCAAAGAUUAGUCGGUGAUGAUUUAUUAGAAUUCCAUCAAGCUGUUGUGUCGACAUUACGUGAUGCCGAUGACAUUCCCAUUCCAUUAGAUCCAGCGCCAAUGAUGCCACAUCCCAAUCAACAUUCGAUGAUGAUGCAACCUAUUAUGAAUGAUGAAUUAGGGAGAAUAAGUGAUGUCGUCAAUACUGAUCAACCGUUGGAUCCAGAGGAUGAAAUGGAUCCAGUUCCGGCACCACGUCAUCUAACACUAGAAAGACAAUUAAAUAAGAGCGUACUUAUUGGAUGGAAUCCAACGGAUCAAUAUGGAAAUCAUCAAAUUGAGAGUUAUCAUGUGUAUGUAGAUGGUAAUUUAAAAGUUACAGUAAAAGCAGCUGAGAGGACUCGUGCAUUAGUUGAAGGUGUUGAUUGCAAUCGGCCUCAUAGAGUAAGCGUUCGAAGUGUAACGGCAAAUCGACGUACUUCACGAGAUGCAGCAUGCACAAUGAUAAUAGGACGUGAUGUUUCCCAUUUGGGACCAACAAAUGUAAAAGCUACAAAUAUAACUUGCUCAAGUGCAGUCAUAUCAUGGCUUCCUGCCAAUUCAAAUCAUCAACAUGUAGUUUGUGUCAAUAAUGUUGAAGUUAGAACUCUUAAGCCAGGAGUUUAUAGGCAUACAAUCACUGGUUUAUCACCUAGUACACAGUAUAGAGUAACUGUUCGAGCGAAGCAAUUAAGAGCACCGGGUCAACAACCACCAGCAGCACCCACAGGUCUGCCGCCUCACGAAGAGGCGCCUGGUGCAUACACUGACUUUAGGACGUUAGCUAAAGGAUUACCCGAUCCUCCACAAGAAAUCCAAGUAGAACCCGGUCCACAAGAUGGAACAUUGUUAGUAACAUGGUUACCAGUAAAUAGGCCGCCAGCUUCAGGUCCAGUAACUGGCUAUGCAGUUUAUGCUGAUGGAAAGAAGGUCACAGACGUAGACUCUCCAACCGGAGAUCAUGCUUUAAUAGAUAUUACAAAAUUAGUCGGAAUUAAUCCACAAGUUGUUACAGUUCGCACCAAAUCUAGAGAUGCUCAGUCUGCAGACAGUAUGGCAACUCCUAUACCCCACGGCGUAAGAAAUGCUGCACGAACGAGACAGAAUCAAAAACAAACGCAACAAUUACCGCAAAAUCCUCAACAGCAAAUGCAAAUGCAACAGCAGAACAUGAAUAUGAAAAUGAUGGGUCCGAUGAAUAAGCCAAUGGAUAAUAAAAUGGGUAACAUGCAACAAAUGCAGAAUCUUCCAGGACAACCUAAUAAACCAAAUCAAAUGAUGCAAGGUGGAAUGCAAGGAAUGCAAGGAAACAUGCAAGGGAUGCAAAGUGGCAUGCAGGGACCCAUGCAAGGACCAAUGCAAGGAAAUAUGCAACAAAACAUGCAAGGAAAUAUGCAGCAAAACAUGCAAGGUCAAAUGCAAGGCAAUAUGCAGCAAAAUCAAAUGCAAGGUAACAUGCAAAGUGGACCAAUGCAAAAUCAAAUGGGAAUGCAAGGUGGUCCGAUGGGUAUGCAACCGGGAAUGCAGCCAGGCAUGCAAGGACGACCCCGACCACAAAAUCCAAAUCAAAUGAAUCAAAGUCGUAUGCCAAUGCAGCCUGGACAGCCAGGACAACCGCAAAAUAUUCGUGGACCAAUGUCAAAUCAACAAAAUCCACAGCAGAGAAAGUUACGUUAUUUCUUAGCAUUAUUCGAUUAUGAUCCUAUCACCAUGAGCCCCAAUCCAGAAAGCUGUGAAGAAGAAUUGCCUUUCCGAGAAGGAGACACAAUAAAAGUAUACGGUGAUAAGGAUCCAGAUGGAUUCUAUUGGGGUGAACUGCGUGGACGUCGAGGCUAUGUGCCACACAACAUGGUGCAAGAAAUCGAAGAUGGUGCUGUUGGACAUACUGGUCCACGUCAACCGAGUGUUCGUGGAAUAAGUAGAGAUAGAUGGGGUGAUAUAUAUGCAAACAUGCCAGUUCGUAGGAUGGUUGCAUUAUAUGAUUAUGAUCCCCAAGAACUUAGUCCAAAUGUAGAUGCCGAGGUGGAAUUGAGUUUUCAAACCGGACAAGUCAUCCUCGUUUAUGGCGAUAUGGAUGAGGAUGGUUUUUAUAUGGGUGAAUUAGAUGGAAUUCGUGGACUGGUUCCAUCGAAUUUCCUCGCUGAGUCCGAUGGACACAAUCAGGGUGGUCCAACAGCAUCGAGUGUCGCUCAACGAAGCCUCAAUAAUAGAGGACGUGGAGGUAUGAUGACUGGCCCAGGAGCACGAGGACCACCACCACCACCACGUGAUAAUAUGAUGGGCGGAAUGGGUCCACGAAAAGACAACACGGGCCACCCUGCCCCCGAUCAUCAAAUGCAGGGGAUGCAACCCGCUGGUAGUAUGCAAGCCCGAACGCCUCAACAGCAACCACAACCGAACAAUUUGAUGGGACCCAAUCGAACGCCACAACAGGCACCAAAUCAGCAAGCAAAUAUGAUGGGUCCAAAUAGAAAUCAACAACAACCUCAAACACAGCAACAACAGCAACAGCAGCAGCAACAACAACAAACUAUGGGGGCCAAUUCAAUGAUGCAGACACCACAACAACAGCAGCAACCUGGUAUGGGAAUUAUGGGAAUGGGAGGUCCCCAACAAAAUCAACAACAAAACCAACAACAACAAAAUAAUAUGAUGAAUAUGAGAGGCGGCCCUGCAAAUAGCAUGAAUAAUAUGAACAAUAUGAAUAAUAAUAUGAACAACAUGCAACAACCACCCAUAACGACGUCACAAUCAACGGGACUAUUUUCAUCAUCACUAUUUAGUGGUCCAGCGAAUGCUGCCGGAUCAAUGUUUGGUAGUAAUCGAGGUCCACAAAUGGGCCAACAGCCAAAUCAACAACAAAGUCCCUUCGGACAGCAACCAGCUCAACCUGGUCAGCCAGGCAUGAAUCAACCGGGUCAACCGAGUAUGUUGCAAAAAUUGGGUGAUAUGGCAAGUGCCGCGCCAGGUGGUGAUAUGUUAUCAAAAGGCAAAGAAUUAAUAUUUAUGAAAUUUGGUCUGGGCGGAAAAUAACCCAUACCAUCGAUACAAUUUAGUUUAUCAAAUUAUCAACUAGUCAUCAUUCAAAUUACUUGUUUAAAUAACUACUAUCUUUAAAGAAACUAAGGGACGGAUGGAGUGGCAACAACCAAUAAUGAUAAAAAAAGUUAAUUUAUUGAAAAUUAAAAAAAAGGAGAAUUAUUAUUAUUAGCAUAAAAAGUUAUUACAUUGAUAAUAAAUAAUGGUGAUUUGGGGGUUUGGUGUUGUUGAGACUUUCGGGGUGUAAGGUGAUUAUUUUUUGAAGAUUUGUCAAUAUAUAGUGGGUUUUAAGAUGUUGACAUGAGGAAAUAGAGUCAUAGAACCUAAAUUUAUUGAAAUGGAAUUGGAAUAGAAUUAAAUUAUUGUAAAAAUGACUAUAUCACUCGAAUAUACUAGAGCAGACCCUAAUAAUUGGUCGAGACUAGUGCAAUGACUCAGUUCCUCUUGUCUCCAUAUCUUAAGUCUGCUAAUUUCACAAAACUAGUGUCAAACUUGAUUAAUUUCAAAAAUUAAACAAUAUAGACAUAAACUUUGUAAAAAAUAUUGACUAGUUGUUCAAGAAAUGCAUCUUACACUCCCUUAGUUCCUCACAACACUCCCUCAAACAACCAAUAAUGAUAAUAAUGGUAAAAAUAUUCAAAACAUAGACUUUAUCUAUCAAUUUAAAGAAAAAGAAGUGAACUAUCAAAAAAAAAGUGAAAAAAGAAAAAAAAAUGCAGACGACUUGUAAUAUAUUAUACAUUUAAUGACCUUAUAACAUAAACUAAUAUA